AUGUCGUUAGGUGACGGGUCGUCAGAAGAAUCAUUAACAUCGUUAACCGAUGAUGAUCAACCGACUCUAAGAAAUCUAGAAGACAACGAUGAUGACGAUGAACAACAGUAUCAAUAUCAUCAGCCAGAUAACGAUCAUGAUUUCAUUCCAUUUUCUGCUCGCGGAGUCGCUCCGGAUGAACUACAAGCAACACAUAUUAAUCAUUAUCACGAUUUAAGUCGUGUAACAGCUGAAAGUCGAGAUUUUUCUAUAACACGACCAUCACAAUUUUGGCUUGCACAAAACGGUUUAAUAGCAAAUGGUCUGACGUUAAAAGAGUUACUAACGAAAGGUAAAGUUUCAUUGCCAACCAGUGAUAAAACAGGUCGAGCUAUACAACACAUCACAUUUGAUUCUUUGAUCAUCAAUGAUUUCGAAUGUCGUUUACAUACAACUAUUGAAACGCUAUCAAAUCGUAUUCGAUGGUUAUUACAAGAUAGCCGAAAAGUGUUUGGCGUUGUACAAGGCGCACGUGUACUUGUUAUAUUAGAUUUUAGUCAAGGACAAGCAAGUUUCGGACGUGGCGAUGAAUAUCAUAAACAUUUAAUGCAAUUAAUCGAGGAACAACUGAUCUAUAAGGAACAAUUAGGUUUUAUUGCCUAUGGUACUGAUGUUGAUGCUCUAUGGAAUGGUGUUCGAGAUGUUAAUACACGAGCAUUGGAUGAAUUACGUGCUUGGAUAGCUAGUUUAAAGUCAUCGUUUGGUUGUAGUGAUGACAAUUGUACACAUAUCGAUAGUACAUGUCCCAAUAAUGAUAGCAAAUGUGCGUUUAAAACGAAUAGUAGUAGUAAUUUAUUAAAAGCUUUACGUCGUGUGUCAUUGAUGUCUAAUUUCGAUACACUUUUACUUGUUGUUGGAAGUUUACCUGAUCAAAAUAUUGACGUUAUCGCUGAUUAUUUAUCACAGCUUUUUUGUGGACAAGAUGUACCACGUAUACAUGCUGUAUCUUACGAUUGUAGUCAUCAUCUUGUAAAUGCAUUACUUAAAACAGUAACUGCAUCCGCUAGUGCCUUUGCAUCAUUGGCAUCAGCACGUAACCGUACUGAACCAGCAUCAAAUGCACUGGUACCACAUAAUCCAUUAAAUGCAUUACAAAAUCUGGCCAAUGAUAUUCCCGAAAUAGUUAAACAUACUUAUCAUUGCUAUUCACAUGAUGAACCACGUCAAAUCUAUAAUAGUACUGAUAUUCGUCUUCUUGUACGAGAAAUUCAACGUGCGUAUGAACUUCUGUCACAUAUUAAUGAAAUGCGUCAUGGUGCACUUGGUUCAGCAUUGGUAUCAAUUGAAAAUGAAUUAAAUUUAGAAAUGUCUCGUUAUCCACAGUCGAAAUUUCUUCCACGUCCGCCAAAUCAUGAAGCACCGCUUCAUUUUGCUCAAAAUCUAAUUGACCAAUCAUCAAUAAUCUAUGCUCGACAACAACGUGGUUUAUCAAACACAACAUCCGGACGACCACCGUCAGCACGAUCACAAGGAAAAACAUCAAACGUUCGUUUUAAUGAUACUGUUAGUAUUGCUGGUCGAUCGGCUGCAUCAUCACACAAAUCAGCGACUUCCUCGUUAAAAAAUCGCGAUACAAGCGAAACUAAACCAACACAGUCGCUGCCUGUUUUAUCAAGUAACAAUCCAGCUGUUUAUCGUACGUCAGCCGAUUGGCUUAACCAACAUGGCCUUUUGGCUAAAAAAUUAACAUUAUUUCAAAUUCUUGCUCCUAAUGCUUAUUCGCCAUGUGAAGAUUAUAUUCCUAUACUUCGUAAAACAGUUACAUCUCAAGUUCACGAACGCGCCAUGGUACAAGUUGAUUGGCAUGAUGGAACAACAAAAAAUGUUCAUGUUGACUUAGCUGGUUUGUAUGAAUAUCAAAAACGUCUAAAAAAACUCGUAGAACUCUAUGAACAACGCAUGGAAUGGUUAUGUUCAUCGUCACGUAAAAUAUUUGGAAGUAUGGUAGAAAAUAAUAUUAUUCUACUUGUCGAUUGUUCGCAAUCAAAUCGAGACUACAUUAUACAUAUACAACAUUCCUUAAGAUUAUUACUUGAACAACAAUUAUUCGGAAGAAAAUUUUUUAAUAUUAUCGCAUUCGGAACAAAUCAUAAAGAUGGAUUAUUGAGAUUUAAACCAACUAUGGUACAACCAACAAUUGAAAAUCUUCAACAUGCUUGGCAAUGGAUAUUGACCUUGAAUUGUGGCGGUACGCGUAAUCUUCUUAAUGCUCUACGAGCAAUUUACGAAAAUGAGGAAGAACGUAAACAUCAUCUAUAUCCCGAAGGAAUCUAUUUAUUGAUAAGCGGCAUUCCUGAUCAGUCUCUUCAAGUAUGUUGUGCAUAUGUUGAAGAAUGCAAUGUUGGUAAAUCGAUUUAUCUGCAUACGAUACUAUUUAAUAUUGAUGACUAUUAUCUAUCUGAACAUGGCAUACAAAGUAAUUUAUCUAUGGCUUCGAAUGGCCGAUGGGCCAAUGCAACGAAAACAGCAGAAUUCAUGCGUGCCCUAGCAAAACAUUCGGGCGGAAGAUUCUUAUGGUUUCGUGAAACGGGUAUUAUUGAAAGUGAUGAUAUUAAAUUAUUGCAAAACGAAAUUGAAAAAGCUUGUCAAUUUUCUGAACAAGCUGCUAAUCUGGUUGAAAUGAUCAAAUCUAAACGGCGAGUUCGUGAAAGUAUCAAUUUAAAUCAAAAAUCGAUUCCGAUUGAACAAAUCGACAAAAAUUCAGGGCCGUUAGUUGUUCGUCAAACAGUGUUAAGUGCAGCCAGACAAAACAUUUUCAAUUCAAAUAGUUCGACAGAAGAACAACAUUGGAGACCAACGAGUACAAAUAAUAAUCGACGUUUAAUACCACAAUGGCCCGAUGAUAAAAUUCAUCAAGAUGCAGUUAAUUCAAGGCGAAAAAGAGAAACAUCAUUAAAACAAGAAUCCUUCUAUUUGGACAGUCAAAAUAAUUCAAAAUUUUCAAUUAUUAAGACCGAUGCAUUAAAUACAUCGACAGCACGUAAUAAAUCGAUAAGAAAAUAUUCACCGGGAAGUUUAUUACUGAUUCCAACCAACGAUGAAAAUGACACAUCACAAGCAUGGCUAAGAAAAUAUUCGCUUAUUCGAUUGAAACUGGAUCUUCAUAAGAUGGUAUCCGGGCCAGAAUGUCGUCAUGAUACAAUCACCGUUCCAAAUAUAAAACUAACAUCAUCAGCUCGAUACUGUUCCGUAUUUCCAUCGAUAAAUAUCAAAGGUAGUAUUCGUCAUUUACAAUUACGUCCGCGUGAACUCGACGACUAUCGCCAACGAAGUGAGUCUGUUCUACGUCGGUAUUUCAAGCGUAUGCAAUGGCUGCUUAAUGGAAGUCGUUUAAUAUUUUCAACCAUUGUUCAUAAACGUAUUCUUCUUCUUGUUGAUACAAGCGGCUCGAUGGAAUCCUAUAUAGAAUAUUUGAAAAAAGAACUAGCCACGCUCGUAUGGGAACAACUAUUCGCGAAUCAAGUUGAAUUCAAUUUUAUUCAAUUCAAUGAUAAUUAUCAAAUGUGGCGUGAAAAUCUUGUCCUACCAACAGAAGACAAUUGUCAUGAAGCUGUCGCAUGGAUAAGUACAUUGAAAGCAAAUGGAAAUACAUGUAGUGAACAUGUAUUAAAAUUUGCGUUUGAUUUUCAUCAUUCGAAACAGCCUAUCGAUGGUAUUUAUUAUAUAAGUGAUGGCAAACCUGAUCAUAGUACAAGUUAUCUAUUGGAACAAGUUCGUCUAAUGAAUACAAAUCAAUCGAACACAACCGAUACAAGACGUAUAUCGAUAAAUACAGUAUCGUUCUGUUGCCAAGAUAUUGAUGCAAAUAAUUUUCUGAAAAGUUUAGCACACGACAACAAUGGUCGUUAUCAUCGGUCGACAAAUAAUUCACGUGAAAUACAUUUAUUUAUGCAUCGCUUACAGCAAGAUAAGACCUAUGAUUUAGAACUUGACGACAGUCUAUUACCUGAACUUGAGAGUGAUGACAUCAAACGUUUACUGAAAGAAAUUGUCAAAGCAAGACUCUAUUUGAAACAAGCAAUUACAUUUCGUUCACUUUAUAAUCAACAACAAGAUUCAGCGAAAGACACAACGACUAGAGGCGCAGGUGGAAGCGGAGGACAACAACAGAACGAUAGUAUUCUUGUUGGACCAGCUCGUGUACCAAUGUCCGAGGCUUUUUUUAAUCGAAAAUCAACAAGUUUAUAUACAUAA